GGGUGUAAAGGUGAUACAAAUUUCAGUCCUAAACAGGCUUUACAUUGUCUCAUACCAUAAACCGAGGUGUUCUGUUUUUCUAAACUAUGCCUUAGCUGCUGGACUGAAAUGCAUUUUGGGGGAGGAAAUUGCUGGUGAUGAAUUAGUGAAAGUGCUACAAAUUAAGGAGAAAAUACCAAGAAGAAAGGCACUGUCAUCAUUGGAGGAGGAAGUUUUGAGUAUUCUUUCUGAGACAGGUUAUGUCAGCAAGGACGAAGUUUCUGAAACAACACCAGACUUGUUUGAGGAUGAAGACGAGGAUGAGGAAGUGGUUUUGGAUGGCGAAAUUGAUGAAGGUGAUGUUCACAUAAAGCCGGUUUCACGGAAAUCCGCCCACCUGCUGUUUUCUGAACUAGAUGUGAAGGUGGUGUUUAAGGAAGUUACAUCCAAAUUCCUACGGAGACGUAUUGUGGAGGGAGGAAAAAGAAGUGAUGGCAGGGCUUCACAUGAUAUACGACUAAUUAACUCACGAUGUGGACUACUUCCUAGAGCACAUGGAAGUACUCUUUUCACACGUGGAGAAACACAGUCAUUAGCAGUAGUUACACUUGGUGAUAAACAAAUGGCACAGAGAAUAGACAAUCUUGUAGAUGAGGAUGAUGUGAAGAGAUUCUAUCUUCAGAGGUUCGCAAAUGUGGCUUAUAGCGAGCCUCAAGGUGCAUGGUAUGAUAGCGACUGA